CUCUUUUAAAAAAAAAUUAUGUGUGACUGACAAACCUUCCGUUGACGCUCUCUCUUCCUCUCAUCUUUCUUUAAUAUAUAUCAUAUUAUUUCACUCCUUGGAGUAUCAAACCAUUAGUCGGGAAUACAAGUAACCUAUAUAUAUCAUCUUGUCUGUGUACAUUCUGGAGGACAUGUGAGAAGUUCCAUUACUGCUUAAAGAUUCUUUCCUAAAGUGUCAGAAAGUUUGAGGACUUGAAUACAGUCUUUUAGAGGAUUGUGUCUUCGAUAGACCAACAUGGAACUACAAAAAAUGGCAAACGGUCAUCAUGAUUUCAGUCCUGACAAAAUCACACUGGAGAACGGAUUUGAUGGCCUUGAAAACAUAUCAGAAGGCGAUACAUUCCUUCCCAAUGAGAGCAAUGGGAAGAUAGAGACAAAGUUUACAGACUUUGAGGGGAAAACUUCAUUUGGAAUGUCUAUUUUCAACCUCAGUAAUGCCAUAAUGGGCAGUGGGAUUCUGGGACUGGCUUAUGCCAUGGCCAACACUGGCAUCAUCCUUUUUAUAGUACUGUUGAUAAGUAUAGCUCUUCUUUCUGCGUACUCUAUACACCUUCUUCUGAAGAGCGCAGGAGUGGUUGGAAUUCGUGCAUACGAACAACUUGGGAACCGAGCAUUUGGUCCACCUGGGAAAGUCGUGGCCGCGUGCAUCAUAACAUUGCACAAUAUUGGAGCAAUGUCCAGUUAUCUCUUCAUUGUGAAGACUGAGCUACCCAAUAUUAUACUGGGUCUUAAGGGGAUGCCAGAUGACUCGCAUGAGUGGUUUGUUAAUGGAAAAUACCUCAUCAUUAUCGUUAGCAUCUUUGUCAUUUUUCCCCUGGCAUUACUAAAACGACUUGGGUAUUUAGGUUACACCAGUGGCUUCUCCCUCACCUGUAUGGUGUUCUUCCUCACAUCUGUAAUCUACAAAAAGUUUGUCACAGAUUGUUCUGGACAACACAGCCGUAACAGCACUCUGCUCAACCAUACCGUACACUACACCUCCGAUACAUGUGAAGCCAAACUCUGCACUCUCAACUCAAAUACUGCUUUUACCAUUCCUAUUAUAGCGUUUGCUUUUGUGUGUCACCCGGAAGUGCUGCCCAUCUACACAGAACUCAAACAGCCAAACAAGAAACGCAUGCAAAGAGUUGCUAAUGUCUCCAUUAUGGCCAUGUUUAUUAUGUACCUGCUGACUGCCAUCUUUGGAUACCUCACCUUCUAUGAAAAUGUGCAGUCAGAACUUUUGGAGAUGUACAACAAAACAGACACCCUGAUGCUCUGUGUUCGGCUGGCUGUUCUGGUGGCAGUAACACUGACCGUUCCUGUCGUCCUGUUUCCGAUACGGCGUGCUAUCCUUCAGCUUCUGUUCCCUGAUAAGCCCUUUCACUGGGUGAUUCACAUCUCCAUCACCGUGUGUCUGCUUUUUGCUGUCAACCUGCUUGUCAUCUUCGUGGAGAACAUUCGCGACAUUUUCGGCUUCAUUGGUGCCACGUCGGCUCCCAGCCUCAUAUUCAUUCUGCCGGGAGUAUUCUACCUUCGCAUCGUCCCUGAAGAACAGGAGCCGUUGAAAUCACGGCCAAAGAUUCAGGUCAUUUUGUUUGUGGCGAUGGGUUUUAUCUUCAUGAUAAUGAGCAUCUCCUUCAUCAUAGUGGAAUGGGUGACUGGACAGAAGGGCGUGGGUGGUCACUGACAGAACCGGGUGACACAACAGCAUAUGAAGGCCAAAUUCUAAUACAGAAUAUACACCUGUGACCUCUGAACCUGAAACUUGCAACCCUCAAUAUUUAUCAUAUCAGCAAACAUGAACAAUAUUUGUUCAGGCUAUGGCACAAUAGGAGUAUAUAUCCCUUUCUCUUCCAAAACAUUCAUAGGACAAAAAGAUGACAUGAACUAUAAGUCUACAUGCACAUUAAAAAAUAACGCCAAUUGAGGGAUUUUUUAUGCUUUGAUCACACUGCUGCAACAAGCGCCAGCUUGUUUUUUGUGUGAAAAUCCUGUUGUCAUGUGAUAAGGCUUGAAUACAGUAGCCUUAAGACUUUCCAAAACUGCAUAACAAUGAAGAAAAGGUAUGAAACUAAGUGAUGAAUAUUUUUGUCUACCUCCCAGUAAAUUUUAAAGUGACACCAUCAUUUUUCGCAUUGCAUCUAUGGGAAUAAAUCAUUUGAUUUAUAUGGGAAAUUUGUACAGUUUUAUGAUGAGUUUCUGUUUCGAGGACAGAAUAUUUAAAUGUAAAAAACAAAUCUAUUUUAGAUGUUUGUAUUAAUACCUGUUACACUCAAAAAUGUAAUGUACAGAGUCAUACGGUAGACACCAGCAGUGUUUAACACAACUCCUGUUAUGUAUUGUGGCACUGCCAAAUGACAACAUUUCUGUAACUUCUGUUUCGUUAUUCAAACAUAAUCUUGCUGUUAUUGAGAGGUGGAGGAAUAUAACAUCUGUAUACCAGUUCUCUAGUAUUUAAAAAAAAAAACUUGGUUAUUGGUUUUUAUGUGCCAUUUUAUUAGUUGAAUAUUUGGAAAUAUCUUUUUAUUUGUAACAUACAUUUAACCAACUAAAUUUUUUUAGAUGUAUGGGUGGUUUACGUUAUGUCAUUUUUUUAUUUUAAUAGCUAAAAAAACUGUUCAAUAACUAUUUGGACAAUAAUGAAUGCUGGUUAACACGUCAUGUGAAGGUCACUACAAAAUUGCUUGGCAUUUAAGUGGUUAUAAAGUUAACAGUCUGUCUCUCCUCAUCAGUAUCUGCUAGUUUUUAUGUGGCAGGCCUAAAAUAUGGUUCCUACAUUGAAAUGUCGAUGCAUGUGCUUGUUUUGUAUAGAAAAUUAUGUAUAUGAUGUUGUACAACUUUGUCAUUAUGAGGGGAUUUCCCAGACAGGAAUGGAGAUUAGUCCUAGAAUAAAAUAAAUGUUUGAAUAAAUGCUUUCUAAAACAA